CUGCAGAACGCCGAAAAUUUAGUCGUGUUUUCGAUUGAAAAAGAAAAAAAUUUAAAGUGAAAAUUUAGCAAGAGUUCGAGAGUAAUACGGGUCGACAACUGACACCUACGCAGAGCCGGGUCGCUGUUCGAAACAGGCGACAGGCCCAAGUAUUUCCACCCGCACAGCACACACACAGUAUGUUCAAUAGAGAUGGGCGGAUUCCUGGAUAAGCCGAAAACCGCAAAGCACAAUGACCAUGGCGAAGGCAACAAGCUGCUCUUCGGCGUCAGCUCAAUGCAGGGCUGGCGCUGCGAGAUGGAGGACGCUUACUAUGCUCGUGCUCGCCUAGGCAAUUCCCUGGACGAGUGGAGUUUCUUUGCUGUCUUCGACGGGCAUGCCGGCUGCAAAGUUUCAGAGCAUUGUGCCAAUCACUUGCUGGACAGCAUUAUUAGUACAGAUGAAUUCAAGAACGGCGAUCAUGUGAAGGGCAUACGAACGGGCUUUUUGCGCAUCGACGAGGUAAUGCGAGAGUUGCCAGAGUUCACUCAAGAGGCAGAGAAAUGCGGUGGCACCACUGCCGUCUGCGCUUUCAUCAGCUCCACGCAAGUGUACAUUGCCAAUUGUGGUGACUCGCGUGCUGUGCUCUGUCGUCAAGGCGUGCCGGUAUUUGCCACGCAGGAUCACAAGCCCAUACUGCCCGAGGAAAAAGAGCGUAUACAUAAUGCUGGCGGCAGUGUAAUGAUAAAACGUGUCAACGGAACGCUAGCUGUGUCCCGCGCUCUCGGUGACUACGAUUUUAAAAAUGUAAAGGAGAAGGGACAGUGUGAGCAGCUGGUUUCGCCGGAACCGGAAAUAUUUUGCCAAAGCCGCCAGGACACCGACGAGUUUUUAGUGCUCGCCUGCGACGGCAUCUGGGAUGUAAUGAGCAACGAGGAUGUGUGCAGCUUCAUAUAUUCAAGGCUGAAAGUUACCACAAAUCUAGUGAACAUUGCCAAUCAGGUGGUGGACACCUGUUUGCACAAGGGCAGCCGUGAUAAUAUGAGCAUUAUAAUUAUUGCUUUCCCCGGAGCACCAAAGCCAACUGAAGAGGCAAUCCAAGCUGAGCGACGAUUGGAGAAACACAUCGAGAAGAUCACAAGAGAGGAGAUCGAAAGUAAUAAUUUCACCGACUAUGUGGAUCUAUUAAAAAGUGUACAGAGCAGAGACGACAUUGAAGGUCUUCCACCGGGCGGCGGCUUACAGUCCAAAUAUCACGUUAUUGAGCGCACAUUCAAGGAGCUGUUUCCGGAUAGACCAUGUGAACUGUAUGCAUAUGAUGAGCUAUGAAUUUUUUUAACGCUAAUAUUGUUCACUUGUUCACCAACCACAAAAAACAACAGCAAACAAAACAACCAAUCAACAAAACCAACAAGAGAACAAAUGAUACUAAAAUGCGCUAGACUCGUACUACUCUAAUGUAAGCCCGGUUGCGUUUCUUCGUUUUCAUUAUUUUUUAACAUACUACAUGCUACUGAAUCUAAAUUGUCUGAAUAGUCAAAGCCAAAAGCUCGUUUAACGCUUUGCAUGUUCGCCUUCGCUAACUAUCCCGCAUGUUCAUCAAGAAACCAAAACUAAAUUGAAAAUAAUUAUAAUGCUAAAUAUGGAAAUCUAAUGCUAAUAAAAUUGUCAAGCCAGCGCCUUUACUAUAUUUCAUUCA